AUGGCUCCGAUGGAGUAUGCCCUUCUUGUCUUCAGUCGCCAAGAUCACCGGUUGUUGAUUCCCAGCACCGCCGCAUAUUCUAUGCUGCAAAAUACUGAAUCCGUGAAAUGCACCUACCAUGUAUUCGGACAGAGGGGACAUGGAAUACAUCCCUUGGAGUGGAAGUAUAUCGAAGGAGCUAAAUGCCGCAGCGGGAUGGGUGAAAAAGUCAAGUCAUGCAGAAAGUUUGACGGCGUUGUUGCUUUUCAUAGAUCUUCAACCAGUGCUUUUUUUUUGCAUCUAAUUUUACCUGUGAUUGCCAUAUUCACAGCAAUGCUCUGGAGUUAG